CAAAAUCAUCACAGUUCAAACAUCACUUGACACGCAAACCACACUAUAGACCCAAACAUCUGGUCCCUCGACUCGAUUUAAAACCAGCAUCUGCCUCUGCCCCGGCCAGCGGUUUCAUCAUCACUGCCAGACCUUUCCAGAACCAUCCUUUCUCAGCACCCGAGCCACAGAAUCGAUCCCUCAGAUUCUUGGAAACAAACUCCUGUUCUUUGGCGGUGGCCUUGUGAGCCGACCUAUUACUACGCACCUCCACGACCCCUAGUGGCAAAUCAACCUCCACUACAUUAUGUACAUGCACCCAUCAGUACGUAAAGGUGCCAUCACAUCAGAUCAAACUUCGACACUUUCCUCCUUCAACUAUCCCGACUCCGUUUUCAUCCAAGACGAUCAAUUUCUUCCCGACUACACUCAGGAUCUUCCUUUCCAAUACCUUAGUCAAGAUCUGGGCCGACUGCAGUCGCCCUUCCAGUACCACCAGCACCUGAACGUCGUCUCCCCACCGUCGUCCGUGCCCUCGUCUCCCACCUCGUCGCCAGCGUCGUCGGUGUCGCACUUUCCCGCCGCGACGGCAGCUUCUGCCGAUUACUCUGCCGUCUUUGACGGCUCAUCCAGCUUCGAGGCUCCUUCGAUGACCCCCGCUUCCUCCUACAAUCCUGAGAUCCAUAUCCAGCACUCCAACUCUCCGCAGCAGCAAUCGUACCUUCCUCAAUAUAACCAGCAGUUCGUCUUUGGCAACUCACCAAUGUUGGCGCAACAGCAGUUCAUUCCCAACAACCACGGCUGGGAGAACAACCUGCAAAUAUCCAACUCGCACAACAUCCCGCGCAUGUCGCAACAAUUCAACGGCCACCAGCAGACUCCCAAUGCCUCAGGGAGGUCACCGGUGAACCAACGCGCUGCUUACAACAGUGCUCCUCCUACAAAACCUCUGCCUACACCAGUGCACACACCGGUGCAGCAGUCGUUCCUUACACCUCAAUUUCAGAAGAACGAGCUGGUGCAUGAUGGCAACUACUCGUUUAUUCCAGAUCACCAGCACCAGCAGCAACAGCAACAGCUAAGCGACCAUUCCCACGCACCUUCCGUUUCCACUGUGAGCCACAACUCUCCAGUCACCCCUCAAAACCAGCUUGAAGAGGUCGAAGACUCCAAAGUCGUUCCCAAUGGUGAGAACCAACAUUCCGAUGACCGAUGGCUGGAUGAUUACUUACGUUUCGAUGCGCUUCCAGACUACAGUGGCUCCAACGGAUUGCCUUUGGGAAUCCCCAAACUCAACCGAACGAUCACCGAUGCUUAUCAAGACGAGCUCUUCAAUCCGACCAUGAUGCACACACCACAGCUCUCUAAGCAAGCCAACCAGAACCAGCAGAACUUGCUGGCCCCCUCCUACAACAAUAUCGUUGCGAACCGGUUACAGGCUGCCAACCAGGGCCAUCUCUGUGCACGCGUACAGUCUCCCGUGGGCUCAAUAGCCCGGGAACGUUCUCCGUUCAGACAAAAUUCUCCCAUGGCUGCCGAGUACGAACAGCAGGCUAUGACUAGCGCGCCUACCAGCCAACCUGGAAUGGCAAUGCAGCAUCAGCCCCAGACUGAGCCAAAGACAAUUUCCCCAAAGGACGCAGUGCUCAACGAUUUCAAUGAGGGUAACGAUCAUGGGCUACCGCUUUACCAGACCGACUUCAACCUAGGUGACAAUCUUGGACUUCGUCAGGAAAGCUUUCAGCCGGCUCCGAAUUUCCCUUCCAUGGAAUCAUUCCCUGCUCAGUUCAACCAGUCCCAGUUCACCUUCAACCAGCCACAGCCUCAGUCGCAACCUUCCAGUCGACGACCAUCCCAGCAACAGCAACAGCAACAGAACUUCCUGCAUCACACUCCUGAGUUUCCUGCGUCAAUCCCUCGAUUCGAGUCUACGAACAGUGAAGCUUACUCGAAUGGUCUAACGUCGCCUACUCUGUCGAAGACGGCUGGCCCAGUGCAGCGACCUGCGAACACAUCGUCAAAUGGUGGCACCUACACCUGCACGUACCAUGGCUGUACGCAGCGUUUUGAGACACCAUCUGAUUUACAAAAACACAAACGCGAGGCGCAUCGUCAAACCACACCGGGGGGUCACCUGGCACCGCGUGACGGGACAUCACGCAACUCGCAAGCUGGUCCCCACAAAUGCACCCGUCCGAAUCCUUCGACAGGAAAGCCUUGCAAUUCUAUCUUCUCUCGGCCUUACGAUCUUACACGGCACGAAGAUACGAUCCACAAUGCCCGCAAACAGAAAGUCCGCUGUCAUCUGUGCACCGAGGAAAAGACCUUUUCGCGCAAUGACGCUCUGACACGGCACAUGCGGGUGGUACAUCCCGAAGUGGAAUGGCCCGGCAAACAGAAGCGCAGGACGAGGGAGUAGAGAGUUAUCCAAUUUCUCAGGGGAUGCAGUAUUGCUCUGCUAGAGCCUUCCCUAACCCCGCGAACUUAGCGAAUGGGAUCAACUGCCUCACGAGUUCGUGAGAGCACCGAAUGACUCGACAUGCGAUGAGCCAGCCUCUGAUGUCAUAGGCGUCGCUCAAAGGGGAAGAAGGGGGUACGCACUGCUGACAAAUCCCGAUCGUCAUCAGACUUUCCAUUUUGGCGGGUGCAUUAGGACCCAUGACGUCACCUAUAACACAACUUACGUCCCAACUUUCAGUUUACCUCCUUGUUGAUGCUCGAUGACGCAUUUCUUUCUCCUUCUCUCAUCUUCGAUUUCCUUUAUGGUUACUACUUUUGUAUUGAUUCAGCAAGCCAGCCUUGUUCCUUUUUCUCGAUUGAGCUAUAGAUUGCGUGUGUUUUGUGCAUGGGUGGAAGCAUGGAUAAAAAGACCGUCUGUUAUUGUUCUGUUUUCUAUACACAGGUGUGAUGAUUGUUUCUAUUGCAUGCUGUGCUAUGACUUUCUCACUGUAUUAUAUUGACAAUUACUGUACGACGUUAUGAUGUCCAGCACGAUGGGGGUUUGUGUUCAGAUUUGGUGCUUAUACAGCAUUGGCUUCUUUGACUUCGCGGGCGACUGAAAAUAGCUGAGACUUAUCUGUAUAAUAUGUACAUUAACCAACGAAAGAUCAACUGUAUCUAAUAGUGACUGAACUGUGUUCUCUACCUCUAU